GCUGGAGAGGAAUCGGCAGCGACUGCGUCUUGCGACCUGAGUGCUCUAGGUUCCACGUGUGUUGAUUGAGCUUUAAUUUGCAGAAAAGCUGCUGCGGGCGCGACCGGAAGUGGAAGCAUGCUAAUUCCAUAUUCAAUGAAGAAUUGCUUCCGAUUACUUUGUCAGCACAAGGUCCCAACAGCUGGCUUUAAAAGCCCACCCACACAUGGGCUCAUUUUACAAUCAAUCUCCAAUGAUGUGUAUGAAAAUCUGGCUAUAGAGGACUGGAUUCACGACCACAUACAUCUUGAAGGCAAGCCAAUUCUUUUCCUUUGGAGAAAUUCUCCUUCUGUCGUCAUCGGUAGGCAUCAGAAUCCAUGGCAAGAAUGUAACCUCCAUCUGAUGAGACAGGAUGGAAUAAAACUGGCUCGGAGGAAGAGUGGAGGAGGAACAGUGUACCACGACAUGGGUAACAUCAAUCUCACCUUCUUUACCACCAAAACCAAGUAUGACAGAAUGGAAAAUCUGAAACUAAUCGUGAGAGCUCUGAAUGCUGUCCAACCCCAGCUGGAUGUACAGCCUACCAAAAAAUUUGACCUGUUACUUGACGGGCAGUUUAAAAUCUCAGGAACCGCAUCAAAGAUCGGCCGGACUGCCGCGUACCACCACUGCACCUUGUUAUGCAGCACCAACAGGACAGCUCUGUCUUCCUCACUGAAGAGCCCGUAUCGCGGGAUAAAGAGCAACGCUACUCCCAGCAUCCCUUCUGCGGUCAAAAACCUUCUGGAAAGAGAUUCCACGCUGACCUGUGAAAUUCUGAUGAAUGCUGUGGCUGCAGAGUAUGCGGCGUAUCAUCAAAUUGAUAACCACGUUAACCUAAUAGACCCUGCAGAUGAGACGGUGUUUCCUGGGAUAAACAGCAAAGUCAAGGAACUGCAAAGUUGGGAGUGGGUAUACGGCAGGACGCCCAAGUUUACCGUGGACACCACGGUUCACGUGCCGAAUGAGCAGGCGCAUUUGGAAAUCCAAGUGUUUAUGGACGUAAAGAACGGUCGAAUUGAAACCUGCAAUAUUAAGGCACCGGAUCACUGGCUGCCACUGGAAAUAGGUGACAAAUUAAACUCAAGUUUCAUUGGCAGCAAAUUCUGCCCUGUUGAAACCAACCUGCUGAUGAAUAUAUUACUGAGGACAAGUCCAGACGACCAUCACUUACACAGUAAAUGGAACAUUCUGUGUGAAAAAAUCAGGGGAAUAAUGUGACCCCCAAUAACUUUCUUUACACUGGCAGUUUCAGCGAGAAAAAAUUUUAAUUACAAUUUAUUUUAUGUCUCCUUAGGAAAGAAAUAGAGGUGUCAGGUUCAACCUGUUUCAGCCUUGAGGUGGCCUGUUCCUGGUUUCUACUCCUUAGCUUUGUCACAAACUUUGACUGAUAAUCUGUUAAGAGUUUUGGCCCUUGGAAAUGAGCCUUUCAGGUCAGGGCCCUGUCUUCUUUCAUUUCUCUUCUCAUUAAACUUCAGAGAAGAAACUGUGUUCUUUUUCCUGAAGGCUAACUCCCUACUCGGAUUUUGUCCUCUCCUGCUUGUACCAUUGGGGGGUUUUGUUGUUGGUUUUUGUAUUGUUUUGUUUGUA